CCAGGCGGAGCCGGUCCCGGCGCCCAGGACUCCCGCAGAGACGCCGCCAUGGCCGCUCCCUCCCGCGAGGCUGCGCACACCUUGCUAGCUGUGCUGCUGGCGCCUGCGCUUCUGGUGCUGCUCGUGUCGCCCGCUUGGGGCCGCGGCGGCCGGAAUCACGGGGACUGGGACGCGGCCGCGGUGCCGCCGCUGCCACCUCGCGAGGACGCGGCGCGCGUGGCCCGCUUCGUGACGCACCUCUGCGACUGGGGCGCGCUGGCCACUAUCUCCACGCUGCCGGAGGUGCGCGGCCGGCCUUUCGCCGAUGUCUUGUCCCUCAGCGACGGACCCCCGGGCGCAGGCAGAGGCGAGCCCUACUUCUACCUGAGCCCGCUGCAGCUCUCGGUGCACAACCUACAGGAGAACCCACAAGCCACGCUGACCCUGUCUCUGGCACAGACUGACUUCUGCCGUAAGCACGGAUACGAUCCCCAAAGUCCUCUUUGUGCUCACAUAAUACUGUCAGGAACUGUGACCAAGGUGAAUAAAACAGAAAUGGACUUUGCCAAGCAUUCGUUAUUCGUUCGGCACCCUGAGAUGAAAACCUGGCCUGCUAGCCAUGACUGGUUCUUUGGCAAGUUGAAUAUAACCAAUAUCUGGGUCCUGGACUACUUUGGUGGACCAAAAAUAGUGACACCUGAAGAAUAUUACAAUGUCACAUUUGAGUAGGUGAAGCAGAAUGUGGCGAACUUAACCACACCUGUGAAAUUCCUUAGCUGGGCUCAUGUACUUUUCAAGGGCUUAACAUUUCUCUGAAAAGUUUCCCAGAAUCUUAGCCAGUUUUCUGUUCCCUGCUGAUUUGCUUGCUUGCUUGUUUACAGAAUAUAGUUGGAGCGAAUUUCUUGGAAGAUGUGGUUGCUUGCUAGAUUUUUUUUUUUUUUCAUAUUUUGAAGUCAUUUUCAUAGAGAUAUGUCUUUCACUACAAUCAAAGAAGUUUUGUUCCAUCAACUCCAAAUAUGCUUUCAAUCAUGUUCCUUGAAGAGGAACAAGUUUCAGAUUUAGAUUGCCCAUUGGCAUUGCAAGGUACUUGAGCCUGUGUUCUUUAUUCCUGGAAGCCACAUGCUCAGGGAGUGCACCGUCCUCAACACAGCUGCUCCUGAGUGACAGUGCGCCCUGAGGAAUCCUGCCAAAACAGACAAGCAACAAGAGAUACAAAUGGAGCUUCAUCCUCCUGUCAAUUUAUGUCUGACAAUCCUGAGUUAUACUAAGCCAGCACAGGACAAAACUAUUUCUUAUAAAGAACUUAAAAAAACUUUUUACAUUCUAAAAUGAUACUUACCUAGAACAAAAGAAAUUCUUAAGACUUCCUGAAUUUGACUUCCCCACUGAAGUGGAGACUGUAUAAUCAAAACACAUACAUACUACAUAUUAUUUUUUAUUCUGGCCCCAAAAUGGGAUUGCAAAAGAAAGAGAAGGAAGGGAAGUUUAUAUUUCUCUUAUUCUCUUAUAAGCAGCAUUAACUGGCAUGGACCAGUUUUGGCCAGGGACAAAAAUCAUCUCCCAAACAACUCUUCAUAGCUUUUUAAAUGCUUCUACUCCCAGCAGUGACCUAAGGCUUCU